AGUGCAUGCUGGGACAUUAAAUGAACCACAAUGGCGGUUAAGCAACAAGCACUUCAAGCUCUCUCACUGACAUUUUUAGUUUCAUCACUUUUUCUCCAAACUUGUCGGACUUUUGCUGAAGAACUGAAGUGGGAUGAGAAUGGCUACGUUUUGUACUGCCCGUGCAUGGGUCGCUUUGGAAACCAGGCAGACCACUUCCUGGGAUCUAUGGCCUUUGCAAAGAUGUUGAACCGAACCCUGGCAGUCCCUCCCUGGAUAGUGUACCGUCACCACACUCCCCCUUACACUAAUGUCCAUGUUCCCUACAGGGAGUUCUUCCAGUUAGAAGCCUUGUCUGCCUACCACCGUGUGGUCAGUUUGGAGGACUUCAUGGAGAAGCUGGCUCCCAAAUACUGGCCUUCAGGACAGAGGAAUGCCUACUGCUUUGAGACUGCUGCACAGCGGAGUGCAGACAAGAAAUCCUGCCCUAUGAAGGAUGGGAACCCAUUUGGUCCAUUCUGGGAGUAUGUCGGUGUGGAAUUUGACAAAUCUGUCUUGUUUGGUGGUAUUUCUUUUAGUGCCUACCACCAACCUCAGUGGAUGAAAAAGUUCCCUCCCUCUGAGCACCCUGUCCUGGCACUGCCUGGGGCCCCUGCACAGUUCCCUGUGAUUGAGGAGCAUGUGGGUCUACAACGCUAUGUGGUGUGGUCAGACAAGAUGGUGAAGGAGGGAGAGGAGCACAUUGCUGCCUUGCUGACCAGGCCAUAUGUUGGCGUUCACCUGAGGAUUGGCAUCGACUGGCAAAAUGCAUGUAAAAUGCUGAAGAGUGGCGACACAGGGCCUCACUUCAUGGCCUCUCCACAGUGUGUCGGCUACAACCGCCAGACAGCCCUGCCUCUCACCAUGACCAUGUGCCUUCCUGACCUGGCGGAGAUUCGCAGGGCCGUCAAGCUGUGGGUGAAGAAGGCCUCUGCCCGCUCUGUCUACAUCGCCACUGACUCAGAAUCCCACAGCAGAGAUAUUGAAAAGCUCUUCAAGGGCAAGGUGAAAGUGGUGAGUCUCCAGCCAGACUCGGCCCAGUUGGACCUAUACAUCUUAGGCCGUGCUGACCACUUCAUCGGCAACUGUGUCUCGUCCUUUUCUGCCUUUGUGAAGAGGGAGCGGGAUGUGCAUGGCCUUCCAUCCUCCUUUUUUGGCAUGGACAAGCCUGGGAAAUUAAAUCAUAAAGAAGAACUCUGAGAACAAGUGUCACAUGGUCACCCUCUGGACCUCUAAUGCUGGAUGACUGUCGUGUGGAGGCGAGAGAGCAUGUGGAAAGCACAGAAUAUUUAUGUAUUACAUGAUGGUUCUCAAUGAGUGAAGACAGAACCUGAGGCAGAGAUAGGUUUAAUUUUAUUUUGGGUUUUAAUCUACGAGAACUGAGGAAGGGCUUAUAAGAUGGAAUGUAACAGGUUGGUAGUAUUAAUGUUUGUGAAAUGUUAUGACAUGCUGCUGCUACCAAGAAACACUUAUUUUUUUUGUCUUUUCCCUGCUUGAAAAUCCAGUAUCUGUAUGUUCCCUCUCAAGAUUUGGUUUAUACCUGCUUUUGUUCACUAUAGUAAAGCAAGUUUUUCUCUCCAUCAGGGAAACACACAGUUUCCCUUACAUUUCCUUCAGCUACAAUUGUGUUCUGUAGCUGCAAACAUGUUUUGCAAUCCAGACAUAUUAACAGGACCUCUGAUGACCUCAGUGAACUCUGGAAAAGACUGACUGCAGUGUCAGCACUCAUGUUCUCAGUCUCUCUUUUGCCCUCUUCCUCUUCUCUUUCUCUCCUUACCUUUCCAUCCCUCCAUCUCUUUGCAGCUUGCUCCUUCCUUUCCUCUCUGCCCUCCAUUCCAAGGAGAGCACAGUAACUGAUCCUCCUGUACAUACUAAUUAUAGGGAGGGAAAUGGAGACAGUCUUUCCACCUCUCAAUUUACCAGGACCAAAAACUGAUGAAAUGUGUGGAGCCCUGGUCUGACUGGUAUGUGAACAGUGUUGUUAUUCAGUGAAUGUGAACAAAUGUUUUAGUGAGACAAGUUGAUUUGCACUGGUUGAAUUGGUUAAAUGUGAGUGGUAAUGUGGUGCAAGCUAACUGUGUUCCUCAGUGUGAAAGCAGUGGUUUUGAAGUCAGAUGUUUUCUAUAAUGUUUUUCACCAAUAAAGAUAUGCACACUAGUUUUCAAAGAACUAACA